GUUCGUGACCUUGGAGAAUGCAGUCCUCUAACCAAGAUGAUACCGGAUCUCCGUAAUGUUCAUCCGGAUGACUGCUUCUCUCGAAUUCCAUAUGAAAAAGGCUCGCUUCUCCUCUAUCACUUGGAAACGCUUUUUGGGCAUGGUUGGCACACAAGAGACUAUGGCAUAGGAAGUCAUAGACUUUGUAUUAAGGAUAGAAACAUAAUAGACGCCGCCGAGAUUAGGGCUAGUUGGCUGACAAUAGGCCUGCUUAACCAUAGACAAGUGAUUCCUAAACUGUGCGCCGCGGUGCCUCGGGGAGCCGCAGAUCCUCCAUCAUUUUAUUUCUUUCUUAGCUUCCAAGCCGACUCACUUUUUAAUCCAUGUCAUCAGUUUGCUGAUAUAGUUAUCAAAGGAGAAAUAUGCUCUAGUGCUGAUUCCGUGAAGUCGGCUCGCAGUGCUUAUCAAGCUUUGUCAUUCGACCAACGCCACUUGACUAUGUAUCUCAUCCUUAAUGCCUGUCCGCUUCGUUCCAAUAUUGACAAGGUAGCUGGUGGCUGCACUGGCACUGGUGAAGCUGCAUCUACUUUGGCUGUAGAUGCAGCGAAGAUCUUGGAAACCCUUGAGCAGGUAAUUCAGGCCUCUGUUGAAAACAAUGCAGAACUGCGAUUUCUCCUAUUUUAG